UCAAUGGAUGCCUCAGAUGCGUAAAAUAUUCACUCCGAGGAACCAGUUCAAUCUACGUCUAUCACCUCAAUCCACUGGGCCCAGUGUCAAGGCGGCCUUACAGGCUCGCCCAACACCGCAACAGCCCUGUAGAUCCAUCUGCCCAAUGAAGCACGCCCCACAUUGACUCAUGUCACCACCCUGGAGAUGGGAUCCCAAGUGCGCCUGCCAAAUCGAGCCAUUAGCCCGCGAUCAAGGGCGUCUCACAGGAAGAUGAAGGUCAGCACGAGAACUUGAUGCUGCAUCACCAAAAGUACCUCUGGUUCGUUCGAGCCGCCACCAAGGGGUUUUCGCGAUCAUAUAGUCGCGGCAAAAAGCCCAAAAUGACAACCGAAACCCUCACGGCAAAGGGCGGGGUGCGGGUUGCCAUUGAAGGCUGCGGCCAUGGCACGCUCAACGCCAUCUACUCCUCGGUCGAGCGCGCCAGCAAGGAGCGCGGCUGGGGUGGCGCCGUCGACCUGGUCAUCAUCUGCGGCGACUUCCAGGCGGUGCGCAACCCCGCCGACCUCAACGUCAUGUCGGUGCCCGUCAAGUACCGCGCCCUGGGCGACUUCCACGAGUACUACGCCGGCUCGCGCGCCGCCCCCUACCUGACCGUCUUCACGGGCGGCAACCACGAGGCGGCCGCGCACCUGCGCGAGCUCUUCCACGGCGGCUGGGUCGCCCCAAACAUCUACUACCUGGGCGCCGCGUCGGUCAUGCGCCUGGGCCCGCUCCGCAUCGCGUCCGUGUCGGGCAUCUUCAACCCGGCCGACUACAACCGCCCGCACGGGGAGCGCCUGCCGUUCAGCUACCGCGACGUCAAGAGCUUCUACCACAUGCGCGAGGUGGACGUGCGCCGCCUGCUCCUGCUGCGCUCCCAGGUCGACGUCGGCAUCAGCCACGACUGGCCCCGCGCCAUCGAGCGCCUCGGGGACGAGAAGACGCUGUUCCGGAACAAGCCCUACUUCAAGCAGGAGUCCCUUGACGGCACACUGGGGAACCCGGCCGCGACCUACGUCAUGGACCGCCUCAGGCCCGCCUACUGGUUCUCGGCCCACAUGCACUGCAAGUUCUCAGCCGUCAGGCAGUACGCCGACGACGAGGGCCGCGGGGCGGCGCCAGGGGCUGCUGAGGAGGAGUCUGCCGUUGCCGGUGUUGGGGCGGCGGCUGGAGCCGAAGGCAGCCUACCAGCCGACAACCCGGACGAAAUCGACUUGGACAUGGACGACGUCGACAACGACCAGGGAGGCGCCGAGACGCAAGCCGCCAAGCCCGCCGAGUCCAAGCCAGAGGAGACUCGGACAACCAACCAGGAUGAGGAGGGCACCAACCCGGAGCAGCAGCAAUCACCAGACAACAAGCACGCCUGGGAGAUAUCCGACGACCUCCGCGCCCUCCUCCCCGCAUCCUUCCGCCAACCGCCCCCGACCGCCGAAACACCCGUACGCGCGACGGGAGGCCGGCGAACCACGCCCGGCCAGCCAGUGCCGCCGGGCAUCACCAACCAGACGGUCCGCUUCCUCGCGCUGGACAAAUGCCUCCCGGGCCGCCCCUUCCUGCAGCUGUGCGAGAUCCACCCGCUCGACCCGGCCCAGGCGGCCGCGCACCCUCCCCUCCGCUCUUCCCGCGCCGCCUCCCCCACCCGUACCCGUCCCGCCGCUACCACCCCCACCACCCCCACCACAAAGGCCUACCCCCGCCGGUACGAGCUCGAGUACGACCCGGAGUGGCUCGCCAUCACGCGCGUCACGUCCAAGGACCUCGCCGUCGGCAUGGGCGACCCGUCGGUGACGCGCGCGCCCCCGGACAUGGGCGAGGCGCACUACGCGCCGCUGGUCGACGCCGAGCGCGCCUGGGUCGAGGAGCACGUCGUGGCCAAGGGGAGGCUCAGGGUGCCCGACAACUUUGCGCACACGGCGCCGCCGCACGUCCCCGGUCGCCCCGAGGCCGUGGGCGGGCAGCCGGACGAGUACACGAACCCGCAGACGACGGCGUUUUGCGACCUGGUCGGCAUCGAGGACCUGUGGGACGCGACCGAGGAGGAGAGGGCGGAGAUGAAGGCCAACGCCCCGCCCGGCGGGCCAUCCGGGGGUCCGGGUGGUGGUGGUGGCGGUUGGGGGCGAGGGGGGAGAGGCGGCGGCGGGAGGGGAGGGCGAGGCAGAGGUGGAGGUAGAGGCAGGGGCGGACGAGGUCGAGGGCGCAAUUAGGACGCUCGUUACGUUCCAAGCUUUGACUGUACGGUUUCCAAUACGGCGCCAAUCUCACAGCGGGGCUUUCACGAAAGCAACGCGCAAACAAUUGUAUUCAAACACGGGUGGUCGAAUCCGGCUGUAUGUGCCACCCCAUAAAGGUCUAGAUCCUACGACGGCAUGUAUCCCCUCCUAAAAAGCUAGACCACCGCGAAGGUGAACGGUCCAGCAGAGUGUGGGGGAUGUAAGUAAUCUUCCAUCUAUAUUAGGCGAACAACUCACAGACACAAGGUCUAGUUGAACGCAUAUGCUAAGAUGGUGGAGUGCUGUCACGAGGCAUCAGGGAAAUGCACACUGGCUAGGGUGAGGAGAACAGGCCGAGAUACCCCAACUGGGGGUAUCGGCUUGCUGUGUGUUUGCAGCCUACCCUGGCUGUCUAUAUCAGGAACAUUAUUGCCAAAUCCCGGAACUCCUGCUGGGCAGCUGAAUUGGCUAGCCCAUGAACGGAAGCCAAUAUCCCAAACUCCGGUCAUCAAAUCAUGAAAUGCCUGGGGAUACCACUGGCCUGUUUUCACAAAUCCUCUGAUCGGCUGUCAGCAUCAUAAGGACAGGGAGAGAGGGGCUCAGGGGUAACACACUAUGCAUCCCGAGGUAGUCAGCCGCCAUCAAGAUCUCGAGGCAGAGCUCUGUGGGAAUCUCCAUGUCUGGGACAUCUUGGGCGUUCUUGAACCGGUACCAGUAGUGAAAAUAGUCGACCACCUUGCCAAGAACCACCCCGCUGGAGUCGACAUGUUAGUCGACAUCAAACAUGGUAGCCGGUCGGCCACGGGGAGGGACGAAAGGAGAGAAAGGGCAAGUGUGGGCGUAUGGAAGGACAAGGGGAGUCAGAUCAAGUGUAGUCACAACUCCAUAGAGGCCCGUCAUGCCGAAGCAUGCGUUCCUCGUCAGGCAGUAGCAAAACAGCUUUCAUCAUCCAGGGAUUUCGGUUGCCCGGGAUUUCGGUUGCCCGGCGAGGAUGUAGGGCUGCGAGCGGGCAGGUCAUAGCGACCGACCUGGGCGGGGCGACCCCAGGAGACUAGGCCGCUCGCGACUGGCUGGCUCGGGCAGGAAAACAAACCCACCUCAGCUCUUCGAGAGUGCACCGGCCAGACUCGGCCUCCAGAUACUUGCUUUGAGGGUUGACCAUGGUCUUGAUGGUAGGGCUGGCCAUGGCAGCCUCCCUGAGGACGACAAACUCGAAGCCAUCGCUCGAUACCAGCGUGAUGUACUUUGAGGGGGGUUUGGUGCUGCCUUCGACAUCCAUCGUGUACGCUUGUAUGGCGGCGAAUGUCGAGAGACGUUGGUUGCGGCGCGGCAGAGGCGACGACAAGCGCGGGCUGGAAGGGGAAAGAGAGGGAGGGGUUGAGGGUGCUUUGUGAGGUAAAGAUCGUCCUUCCACUUGGGCUUUUCUUUGUGUUCCGUUCCCGUCGAAGAAAG